CUCACACGAAGAAGUAAACGGAAGUGAACAGUUAUGAAAAAACAAUUUCCACGUUAUCGUUUUUAUUGUUGUUAUUUAGACGUGUAUUAACACACAUGAACUCAAAAUAUGACUCAUUUAAAUGCAUCACAUCACACCCCAUGUCGUGUUUAAUUCCUGUUGGAGACAGGACUUGGUUGAAAGCUGUUAUCUAGGUAACGCUAGCUAGCUGCUAACGUUAGCAAAAAAAUGGCUAACUGUAUGGUUUUUCACACUCAAAUAGCCUCCAUCAUGGAGGUGCUAGCGAAUGCCGCCGUGGCAGAGAUCUGUAAACUCGUAGACGACGACUAUGCCGUGUUUCGUUUGGAAAUAAAUCAAAGCCAGAAAGAAAACAGGGCUCUGCGGAGGAAACUACUAGAACUGAAGGUUGCACGGGAGCGCGCAGAGAGGACAAUGCGAGAGCGCGUCCUCGCCAGUCGUCCCAGUAGUGUUAAGAUCCUUGACCGAUACAGAGGAAUGGCAAGAGGUGAAGGACAUCUCACUGGAGGCCACAGAAGCUUUCUGAAGCCAGCGGAACACAAUAUAUGGAGAGAUGACCAACCAAUCACUGUUGAUGAGGGGAGUGGAACCACAUCCCAGAAUGUUAUGGUGAUAGAGUCUGCAGAUGCAGAGGCUGCAGGUCCUGGGGUCAAGCAGGAGAGGUCUGUAGGAGCCCCACGGAACAUCAGAGACAUUCAGUCUGGAGCGCCCUCUGCAGCCACGGAGGACCCCACCAACCAAGCGCAGCCCAGGACCCGACGCAGCAUCACGGAGGAGGAGGAGGGUCCAGAGGUGCUGCUGGUGAAGGCGGAGGGGUGUGCGGAGGGUCUGGGGAACCCUGAGGGGACCAUGGUCAUGGAGGACAACCAGACUACACCUUCUCCUGAACCCACUGAGCAGCACAGAACCACACACAGUCUCACUGAGUCAGUAGACAUGGAGGAUGGGAAGCCUGAUCUGCUGAUAGUCAAAGAGGAGACAAUAGAAGAUGAACCAGAGAGCAUUGACCUGCUGAGUGGACUAAAGAUGGGGGAGCAAGGUGGUUGGCUGGAGGCUAACAGGGGAGACUGGGCGGCCAUCUUGGAUUCCCAGAACCAGACGGGUGCAAACAAGGGCCCAGGGGACAUCACUGAGAAGGCCAGGACCAGAAGUGACAUAGUGGAGGUCAGUGGAUGGGACAGCGUCCUCAACUCUGGGCUGGGGAACAACACUGUUAACCACAACCAGAAACAGACAGUCGAACACAAAACAACCAAACUUAGUCUCCAUGACAACAGACUGGCUGAGACCAGGGCAAGGUGUAGAUUUGGUCUGCGGGGACGGGGAGGUGUCUGUAUGCAGGGGGAGAGAACAACCGACACAGACUCAGCUAGCGAUGCUCCGUCCUGCUCCUAUAGUUGUGAUUCAGAGACACUGAUGGCACCUCUGGUUAACCACCUAACAGGUGCUGCCUUCAGCCUGCCUUCUAUAGGAUCUAUCAACUGGAACAUGGACCCUGCGACAACACAGGUACUCCCUGGCCCUCGUCCUCCUCACACUCACCUUAUGUUAAACCAGACUUCAGACAAUGCCAGUAACUCAAAACUAAAUGGCUAUAUAAGCCCGAUGACAAAUGACAGUACUAGUAACGCUAUCUGUAGAUCACGUGGAAAAGAGAAGCGCUUCCCCUGUUCUUUCUGUGGGAAAGCCUUCAGUUUCCCGAAACAGGUGGAGAUCCACCAGAGGAUGCACACGGGGGAGAAACCCUACAGCUGUACCCAUUGUCACAUGCGCUUCGCCCAGGCUGGUCACCUAAAGAGACACCAGAGGGUCCACACAGGGGAGAAACCCUACAGCUGCCCCCAGUGUGAGAAGAGGUUCUCUCACCAGCACCAGCUGAAGAUGCACCUGAAGGUUCACACGGGAGAGAGGCCAUUUGCCUGUACGCAAUGUGGGAAGAGGUUCUCAGAGAGGAGCUACCUUAGGAUACACAAGCAGAAAAUGCAUACGGCCCAUGUAUAGUGUGUAGUGUUGACAUGUAAUGCAGUACUAGUUAGUUUGUAAUUCAUUCUCUUGGUUUUGGAUGUAGUAAGGAACUGAAUGAAGUGAACCAGGAAAGAAUGAGUAUGAUGAGGCAGAGUAAAGGAUAUGGUGAUGGUUGGUGUGAAGGUGUCUGUAAAAAUUCUUCACUGGUGUAAAGUAGUGAAAAUGUGUGUAAUGUUGAACCUUUUCCAAACUAUUCUCAAAUUAAUUUAUCAAAGGGAGUGUACCAGAUUUACAGAAAAUGUGAAGUGUUACCAUAGUGAGAAAAGUUAUUAUACUUGUCACGUAUCGUUUUGUGCAAUAAAAGUACUGUACUUCAAAGUUA